AUGUAACUUAUUAAUAUUAAUUUAAGUUAAAACUACUUAGCUUCUUUAGUUUCAUCAUUUGUAAAAUAUCUUCAAACUAGUCCUGGAUUUUAUAUAGUUAGUUUGAAAGGAUAACUUACUAUAGAAAAUAUCAAUUUUACUGACAAUUAAACAGAAUUAACAACUCCUUCAUUAUAUCUUAUUAUUUUAGAUAUUUAGAUUACCAAUGCUUAAUUCCUUACCCAAUAAUUUUAACUUCCAAAUUAUGAUUUAUAAGGAGGGUUUGCUUAUAUUCAAGCAGAUUAAAUAUAAAUUAUAGAUUCAUCUUUCAGUGGGUAAAAAGCAAUAAAUGGAGGAGCAUUAUACAUUUGUUUAACUGGACUUGGUUAACUAUUAAUCAGAAAAAGCUCAUUUUAAAGUAAUGAAGCCUUUAUUAAUAAUUAAAAUAGUAUGGGUGGAGCAAUUUAUAUUUAAACAAAUCUAGCUAAUUAUUUAGACAUAACAGUAGAAAAUAGCUCUUUUUAGAAUAAUUAUGCUAUAUAGGGAGGUGUAUUUUAUAUUGAAAAAACAAAUGUGAGUACUUUUGUUAAUUUUAAUUAUGUUAAUUUUGAAGACAACUUCUCUCUAUUAUAAUCAAUAAUAUUAUACAUUGAUGGGUUCGUUAAUUAAAAAAUAAUGAUUAUGCUACAAGACUGUUAAAUCAGCUUACCGAUCCCAAUUUAAGUUAUUAACACAUACUCUUACUUAAAUACUUUUUCAUAAUAUUUAAUGACAACAACUGAUUAUGAAUUAAUCCACAUAGAGGCAAAUUAGAUUGCUCUUGAAAAUAAUAGAUUUUUUUAAAUAGAGUCUUUGCUUGAAAAAUAAUAAUUGAUCAAGCUUAAAGCAAAUUCAAUUGAUAUUUCUAACACAGUUUUAGACAGUCUUAGUUGUUAAGGGUGUGCAUAUGGUAAUUUAAAUCUUGAAAUCAGUGGAGCAGCAUAUAUUUAAAAUUCUGUCUUUAAGAAUAAUAUUUGUCAAAAUGGAGGAGGAGUAUUUUUAUAAUCAUCUAUACCAAUAUAAGGUUUAACCAGUAGGUUAUUAAGCAAUGAAUAUAAUCCUGUAAAAAUUGUUCAAAUGUUUUUAAACUAAUUCCAGAAUAACACUUCUCUUGGUAAUGGAGGGGCAAUAUAUGCUAAGAACGUUGAAAUGAUUAUCUAAAACACUACAAUUAAUUAGAAUACUGCGGGCAAUUUAGGUGGAGGAAUUUACAAUGAUUUAUAGAUAAGUCUAUUAACUGAUGAAAUACUGUUAAAUUACUAUCAAUUAUUCAAUAUUAAUUUGUAAAAUACUUACAUCAUUUACAACAUAGCACACUUUGGAGGAGGAGGAUAUUAUUCUUAUUUCAACCUACUAUAGACUCAGAAUAGUUUCAUAUUAGGUAACAAAGCGUAUAAUUUUGGAUCUGACAUUUCAAGUUUUCCUUCGUCUUAUUAAGUUUACUACAAUAACGUAUUAGUAAAAUAAAACGAUACUGUAAUAAUUCCAUCAUCUGGAUAAGUUAAGGGCUUUUUUACAGUGUUUCUAAUGAGCAGUAACAAAAAUCAAAUUUAUAAAACUAUGUCUAGUGAUAAUAUAACUUUAUAUGCUAAUAUCAUAAGUAGUAGCCAAAAUAAUAACUAUAUUCUAAGGAAUAAUAAAAUUACAUUUAAAGACAAUCUUUUUGAUUUGAGUAAUCUUGAAAUAUAUGGCUUACCAGAUGGAUAUUAUAGGCUAAAUAAUAAUACAGAUGUUAUUAAAUUUUGUAGUGAUUGGCCUUAAAACUGUGUUGGAGAUAUUUCAAGAGAUAGUUCUCUCCUUAAUACUUAAAGAUCUGGUAAUUAGAAUAUUUACUACUGCGUAGAAGGAAACACUGGUGUUUUCUGUUUGGACUGUGAUUAUUUAGGCAAAUAUUGGAAUAAAUCUUAUAUGAGAUACUAAUAAUACAGCUGCUAAGAGUGUAAUCAAAAAAAUAUAAUGUUGAGUAUUUUAGUAGCAGUCGUAACCUAAAUACUUAGUAGUUUAAAUAACAUAAAUAGAAUAACUAAGAAGGCUAAAAUAAAAAUAAUUAUGAAAAAAGCUUUUAAUAAUGGAACUAAAUUAGAAAAAGAUAUAAUUUUUUGA